UCGCUCCACUAAUCAUAAACAAAAGAUUUUCGUGGAUUUCUCUGCAAAAAGAGAUCAAUUUACCCACAAAAAAUGUCUAAAGUAUCAGAAAUUCCUUCACAAAAUGCAUUUAAUUCACCGACAAAUUACAAUAUUAGUGAAAUGUGUAGAUUAUGUUUGAUUUCAACGGAAAACAAAUUGGAGAUUUUUGGAGAAAUUGGCCAUCAAAUGAACAUCAGCAAAAUGAUUUGGAUCCUUCUCAAUUCCAAAGUGCUCCGGAAUGAUUCCUGGCCACAAAAUAUCUGCAUGACGUGCUGUGAGAAACUCACGGAAUUUCAUGGAUUUUAUUCAACAGUCAAGUCCACAGAAGCCACCCUGGUGGGGCUCUGUGGGGCACGAAAAACUUCCGAAGGAAGUGAAGAAGUGAGUAUAGAAAUGGAGGAGAAAUUUAUCCCCAAUAAUGAGAUUGUGGAAAGGCGGGAUAGUGAAAAUCCUCCAAACUUCAGUGAAGAAGAUUUCCCUAUAAAGGUGAAAGUAGAGAUUUCUGAGGAUCCAGAUGAGCAGGAAAGACUUCUGGAUGAUAUGAGUGCAGUAGAAGAGGUUGAAAGUAAACCUAGAAGACUUCCAGUAAAGACAAGAAAACAGAAAAGAAGUCAAAAGGUUAGGAAACAGAAGAUUCCUUCAAAACUCAAUGCACUCCAAUCUCCUCCUGCUACCAUUGCUUCCAAGAAGAAGGUAUCAAUGGAUACAUUAAUUAAAACUUUUGUUAAGCUUUCCUGUGAAUUCUGUUCGAUGGAGUUCCCCAUUUUUGAGAAGCUAAAAAGGCACUACAGGGAUGAACAUGACACAGAGGGCUACGUGAUGUGCUGCAGUAUUCGUUUUGAGAACAGAGAGCGUUUGCUGGAGCAUGUGCGCUACCACAGGAAUCCUGACAAGUACAUUUGCAAACUCUGCGGGAAGGACUUUAAGUUCCGGAACUCCCUGCACGUUCACAUGGACACGCACAUCCCACCGGAAGAUCGUAAAUUCAAAUGCACGCACUGCCCAAAGAGUUUCACCAUGUUGUGCCGGCUGACUGUUCACGAGAAGGUACAUGUGCCACCAGAGGAGCGUGAGCACGUGUGUCCAAAGUGCAAAAAGCCCUUUGCCUCAAUCUACACACUCAGAUCGCAUUUAAAGCUUGUCCAUGAGCGCGUCCAGAAGCGUGUCUGUGAGAUCUGUGCGAAGGUUUUCAACACAAGAGAAUGCUUUGAGGCGCACAUGAUGAGGCACACAGGACAAACACCGCCACGGGUAAAGUGCCAACAGUGCGGCAAGGAAUAUGCCGAGCGAAAUAGCCUCCGGAGGCACAUGCAAAUGCACAAAGUUACAAAUGAAACCUUCACCUGUGAUCAAUGUGGACGCAUUACCUCAUCCAAACUAGCACUGUACAAGCACAAAAGUAUCGUUCACAGCAACAAAACAUUCCAGUGCACCCUGUGCGAGAAGAAAUUCAAACGAGCCAUCGUCCUGAAGGAGCACAUGGCUUCACACACAGGAGAACAGCUAUACAGUUGCAAAUUCUGCGAUAGAACAUUCAACAGCAAUGCCAACAAGUACGUGCAUCAGAAGAGGAUGCAUCCAGAAGAAUGGGAAGAGGAUCGUAGGAAAAAGUUGGAGAAGACUUCUUCAUCAACGGCAAAUUAAGCCCAUCUCGAAAUAUCCAUCAUAGGUCCUUCUCGGAUAUAAUACAAUUAAGGUCUCCUUGAAACUGCAUCCUCUCAUUUGUUCCAUGUUAAGGGGCAUUAUGAAUAAAUGAUGCCAGUUUUUAUUUAAAAUACUUACAUAUUUUUUUUCAUAACAGAUUCAGAUUCUUAAAGGUUGCUGAUUAUGCAGAUUAUGAAGAUUGAGGAAGAAAAAUCUAGUGGAAAAGUACAGGUUUUUGGAGCCUUGCUCAUGGACGAAAUGACAUUCUUGACAGUUGGAACUACAGGGGAAGAAAAGUACACUUACACAGAAAAUCCUUAUUUCUUUGUCCAGUGUGGAUAUCAAAAUUAUCUCAUUCACGUUUGAUGAACCAACAUCCAAAUUAGAACUUCUGGAACUGCUUACCUUCGGAACUCCACAGACACUCAGAUGGGUUAAAGCCAAAAUCGAAUGUUACUCACAAGACACGGAUAAAAAUAGCCAUAUACCUGCCUAAUCCUUUAUGACCUUUAGUUACUCAAACGACACGAAUUUUUGAAGUUACUCAAAUAACACGGCCCCCAUUGGACUUCAUAAAAAAGGGGUCAUACCGUCAAAAGGUAAGAAAACU